AUGCCGGGCCCUGCCUGCGUCGGUCCUCUGGUCUACCGCAAGCAUGACAACGCCACAGAUGUGUCGAUCACCCGCAACUGCACCUCCAGCGUCAAAGCAAACACCACCGACGACGUUUGGUACCCCAACACCACAUACAUGCAAAUCCGGCACGGGCCAUGGGGUAUCGAGACUGUUGUAGACAACGAAUGCGUCUCCUUGGGCCGACCAAACCUGUUCGUGCAGGCCAACUGUUCGCAAAUGACUUUUGGUCAUUUUACGGACGCUCAGUGCACAAUGCCCCUCACGUCCGAGCCGCUUGCCACGGAUGUACGAACUUGCUAUGCCACAUUAUCUGCAGCAGCGAGAGACACCAUCACGUUCCCACCUCCUUCCGGGUCCCUGCCAACAACUACCCCCGCAGUUCUGACGAAUGUUGUGAAUACGGCUCCGCAAUCCACUGCCGUCCCCACCUCAACUACUCCGGCAGACACAAUCACAGCGCCGCCGACUUCGCAACCUUCGACCACGCCUCCACCCCUCACGUCGAACCCACCGCCUGUAACUUCAACCAAUCCAACCGUGACCCCGGGCCACCCCCCGGCCCCUGCCGAGACCACCAAGAAGCUGCCACAGCCUUCGCUGAGUUCAACGUCGAUGGCAUCGUCGUUCGUGUGGACGGCGGUCGGCGUUGCAAUCCUUGUCGUCGGAUACCGAAAGCUACGUCGCCGCCACAACAACUACAUCCAACUGCGCAACCCUGGGAGCCCAUAA